AUCUAGUUUUACUUUCAUUUGCUUGUGAUAUUUCUUUUCGUUCAAUUCGCUGAUUUUUUUAUAUUUUUUAUUUGACCAAAAAAACUAAAAUUCAAAAAUUUUGUGACCUUUAAACAAGUCGAUCUACUUGUUCGAUACGAUAUUAAAAAAAAGUUAGAAAGUUGCAUUUUGUGCAUCAAAUGUGGACCGUGUUCCAGUUACGUGCAUUUUUAUUGCCGCAGGUUAACAGCGAGCAUUACAAAUGAAACAGUGACACAAACGACAUUGUUACUAUUGAUUUAUUUUUAUGUUUUGUGAUUAUUAAAAGUUAAAAGUGUUUAAAUAAUAAGAGAAUGAAGAUUCCCAUAAAUAGACUGACCAAAUUGCUAAAAUCAAUGCCAAAAUGGUCAACAACAAUGACUGUGACCGUUUGCCUUUAUGUUUUGUUUAUAAUGGUUGUGCUCAGCAUAUCGUUCCCAUUAAAAUCGUCGUCGUCACAUAAAAUUGGCCGAAUUGAACACAACGACCGCGUGAACGAUAUCGCUUAUUUGGAUGAUGAUGCCAACGGUUUGGGCCAAAAUGAACAAAAACUAUUGCAACGAGCUCGCGACCUACCGACUGCCAUCAAUCGCAGCGACAUUCUACGGGACGCAUUCAAAAAGGCUGAUUUGGAUGGAGACGAUGCAUUAUCACUGCAAGAAUUGGCCAGAUACAUAAAUCGUCGAAUACGCACCCAUAUCGAAGCAUCAAUUCGAAAUAAUCCAAUAAUAUUUUCCGAAAUUGAUCAAUCGCCCCGAAACGGUCUCAUCACAUGGGAUGAAUAUUACACGUAUUUCUUAAAGCAAUUAGGCUAUGACGACGCAUUCAUUCAACAAAUCGACCGCAAAAGAAACUCAAAUUUAGAUAGAAAUACCAAGGAUUUGUUAAUACGUGAUAAAGCACUGUGGAAUGAAGCAGCACGAACCGAUACAUUCUUUUUGACACUUGACGAAUUUUUGGCAUUCAAACAUCCAGAAUCAAGUGCUGCAAAUCUAUUGAGUCUGGUCGAUGAUCUAUUGCGUCAAUUUGAUGAAGACGGCGAUGACCAUUUGACAAUGGAUGAAUUUUCCAAUGUAGUUGCCGAUGAUUUGGACGAUAAAUGGCGUCAAUACAUGAUUGAAAAAAAUACAUUCCAGCGACAAGAGGAAUUUAAGCGAUUGAUUGAUAAAAAUCAUGAUGGAGUUGCCGAUCGUUCGGAACUAUUAACGUAUGUUAGUCCAAAGCAUCCAAGACAUGCUCUUCAAGAGGCGGCUAUUCUAUUUAAUAUCGCCGACCUCAACAAAGACCAGAAACUCUCCUUACAAGAGUUGGAAAGUGCCGGCAAUGUGUUCAUGGUGUCACGAAUGAUAAAUACAUCUCAAACUUUUCACGAUGAUUUUCGUUAGAUGCACCGAAUAAGCAAAUAUGUUCAAUUAUCUUCACUGAUCCAGCAUAAAUUCCGCCCGCAAUUAGAAAUUAGAAAAACUUAUAGACUCACACUACUCGGAAAUCACCAAAUACUCUCGAAAAACUGGAUUUUCAGUUCAUAAGUCGUAUUUUAUAUGGAUAUUUACAUGUACUCGAAUAAAAAAAGCAACAUCGGAUUUAGAAAUUACACGUGAAAUCA